AGGCGGUGACUCGGGGCAGCCCGCACGGGCGGAAAGGGCUUUCCCCACUGCGCGCUCGGCAAGGCGCGCUCUCCCGCGCGCAGCCAGCUUUCCCCGGGUUUACGCGCCGCCCUGCCCGGCCCGGCCCGUGUCUGCUCCGCUCGCUCCUCCCCCUCGGGCUCCGAGACUUUUGCUUUCACUUUCCCUAAAGCUGUUCUAGACCCUCGAGGAGGAUCGGACGCCACGGUCGGCUCCCGCCGGCCACCGUGGGAACGAUGGCAGAUGAUCAGAACUGUGUUGCGGAGCUGGAAAAAGUGGAUUCUUCAAGUGAGGAUGGAAUUGAUGCGAAGCCAGACCGCUCCUCCAUCAUCUCAUCGGUUCUCUGGAAAAAGAAGAGAAAUGUCUCUACACGCCCAGUCAAGACCACCCGGGACCGAGUGCCCACGUACCUGUAUAACAUGGACUUCGAGAAGAUGGGGAAAUGUAUCAUCAUAAACAACAAGAACUUUGACAAAGUGACAGGUAUGGAUGUCCGGAAUGGGACAGACAAAGAUGCGGAGGCCCUCUUCAAGUGCUUCCGAAGCCUGGGUUUCGACGUGGUUGUGUACAAUGACUGCUCAUGUGCAAAGAUGCAAGAUCUGCUUAGACAAGCCUCUCAGGAGGACCACAGCAACUCAGCCUGCUUCGCCUGCAUCCUGCUGAGCCACGGAGAGGAGAAUCUAAUCUACGGGAAAGAUGGCGUGACACCCAUAAAGGAUCUGACGGCUCAUUUCAGGGGGGAUCGGUGCAAAACCCUGUUGGAGAAACCCAAACUGUUCUUCAUUCAGGCUUGCCGAGGGACUGAGCUCGAUGAUGGGGUCCAGGCCGACUCUGGGCCCAUCAACGACACUGACACUGAUGCUAAUCCCCGGUACAAGAUCCCGGUGGAAGCUGACUUUCUCUUCGCUUACUCCACAGUUCCAGGCUAUUACUCAUGGAGGAACCCAGGAAAAGGCUCCUGGUUUGUGCAGGCUCUCUGCUCCAUCCUGAAUGAGCAUGGCAAAGACCUGGAGAUCAUGCAGAUCCUGACCAGGGUGAAUGACAGGGUGGCCAGGCACUUUGAGUCCCAGUCUGAAGAUGCCCGCUUCAAUGAGAAGAAGCAGAUCCCUUGUAUGGUCUCCAUGCUCACCAAAGAACUCUACUUUGGCCGGUGACCGACCCUUCCAGCUGAGAACCUGCAAUCACUCAUUGAUGAGUCCAAUUGUUAUUUUUAUCAUUUUGAUGCUCUCAAAAUAUCUAGAAAUGUUAAAGAGAUUUUAAUUUAAGGGAAGUACAUUGAUUCAGCAGAAAGGAAGUUUCCUGGUAAUGUCUAAUAUUCUGGGUUUCUAGACUUUUUUUUUUUAAAUAAUUUUAUUCAUUGAUGGCUUCAUACUUUCCUUUUAAGGUUAAUUUCCUGUUUGUAUUUCUUUUACCUGGUCAUCACAUUGAGUGCAUGCUAUGAAAAUGACCUGAACAAGACUCAUUGGUGGUGGCAUUAAUGGAAAGUCUAAGUCUAGUUGAACUAGGCAAAGAGGAUUCCAGUUCUUGACAAACAAAUACAGCUGAGAAAAGGUAGCUGUUGUGUAGAGUGGUUGUUUUCAUUGACUUAGGACAGAUUCAUUUGCAGGCCUUCCCAGGGAAGUGAGAAAACAGUUAAUAUUCUAGUAUACAGGACCUAAUCCAGAAAACAAGCCCUUCUAAGGUGUUUUAAUGGAGAAGUGUCAAUACAGGGAAUUCACUUAAGCAGGUAAUUAAAAAGAGCCAAGCAGUAGGAAUCUGUUACCUCAUGUAUGACUGUGAGGCUAUGAGAGGAAGUUGGCUCCCUGUCCAUCAGUAAGAACUGUGGUAGCGCUGCCUCCUAGGAGCAAAGACCAUGGAGGGUUGUGGUAAACGGAGCCAUGCCGAGGACAAAGCCACUGUCUGAGAUGGAAACCAAGCCAGAGCUGAGUCAGACACCAAGACAUCCCCAGGCCUGUUCUCACAUCCUUCACCCGCGCCUCACCAGUCCAAGGUACCUGAAAGCAGCUAGUGAGGCCCCUGAGAUGCCCUGCGGUACAGAGCAGAGUAAGGCCUGUUGAACUGGGGAGUGAGGGGUGUGAGCUUAGCCCAUAAUGUGAACUUAUAUAACUAAGUCUCUUGUUCAUUUGUCCAUUGGUUUGUCGGAUCAUCCACACAGGUGCUAAAGAAUAAUCUGUUUCCACUUCAUGUGCCAAGUAAUGUUUUUAUAUUUCAAAUACAUCUGGAAUUCUUUCGAUUAUUCCAAGAUUUUUUUUUUCUGAAUAAUUUUUUUGUUACCUCUGAUUCUACGAAGUUUAGGGCAAAGAUCUUAGCACUUUCUUUUCAAGGUGUUUUCUUUGGAAUUUGUUAUGCAUUCCCUUUUUUUUUUUCAACCUAAUAAGUGGUUAACAAAUGUUCCUAUUUAUUGAUUAAAAUGUGCUUUAGUAACUCC